AUGGCAGAAGCAAGUCUUUUCAUCAAACACGAAUCUGACAGUCACAGCAAUCCUUUCAUGAUGUCUCACUCCGGUUACUCUAUGGGAAACCAGUUUGGAAACCCCAACGAGGGGGUGGACCCCUCGGACCUGACCAUGCAGCAGGGCGGCUUUAUGCCUUACUCAUAUGGCUCGCAGCAGAACAUGUCAUCUAGCUUCAACUUUGGAAACUCCGGAAUCGACACCGAUGAACUCCUGGACCUGGAAAUUAGCGCCCCUAACGGUAGUGUUCAGCGCAAUAACGACUUGAACUAUAUGCAAGACCAAUCCGCAGGAGGUAUCGCCAUGAGUCAUCAAAGUCAAAUGUCACACCUAUACUCAAAUACCCCGGACAACGCCCCCAUGGCCAGCCCUUUUGUUCAGAAUAGUUUCAACUACGAGCAGUACAGGAUGAACCAGCAGAAUCCUCAUAUGCAACAUGCCAGCUCCUUUGAUCAGAACUAUAUGGGCGCCAAGAACCGAUCCAGCAUGCAAAACAUGGAUAGGAACUCUUCCGAUACACGGAGCCCAAUGACCCCCAAGACACCUGCUCUAGGCUCCUUGAACUUGGGCACCCCGGAGUCAGGUAGCUUCCCUGGUCAGCCAAUUCGCACAGGCGGACUGCAACACCGACACCAGAAGACCCUGUCAAACCAGUGGGAUGGAACUCCAACAAGCGCACAAUCAUACGUCGAUUCCCCUAUCUCAUCUCCACCUCAACACCACCAUGCUGGUAUCUCAGAGAUUCUCAAAUCUGGAAAACAUGCCUCUCUCCCCGCCAAGGUUGAUAACCACAUGCCAGGCAGCACUCAAGAUCUGGAAUCCCAAGAGGCCAAGCGCCGACGCCGCCGUGCCUCCCACAAUCUUGUUGAGCGACGCCGUCGUGAUAACAUUAAUGAACGGAUCCAGGACCUUUCUCACCUGGUACCCCAGCAUCGAUUGGAAGAUGACAAGGUGCGUAAGCAACUUGUGAAUAACAGCGCUCUCUCUAUGGCAGGCGCAGGCGCAAACGCUGCCACAUCUCUUCUGGCUGGUGGCAAUGGACGACGUGCCACACCUGGCAAUAUUACUAUGGGUCUUCCCAUUGAAGACAAGGAGAAAGGCCCCAACAAGGGAGACAUUCUCAAUGGAGCUGUUAGCUGGACCCGCGAUCUCAUGUGGGCCCUACAUGUUAAAUAUCAACAAGAGGCCGAACUCGCCGAUUUAAUUAGCAACCUUGGUGGCACUUGGCCAUUUGAGCCCACCGAAGAAGAGAAGCGCAUGCGCAGUGAAAUUGUUGACGCAUUGGAGAAGAAUGAUCCAACAUCAUUCAGCUACACUCGUGGCCCUGGAAGUGGUCUCCGCGUACCUAAACACACCAACAUCGCUGGUGACGCUAUGCAAGGUGGCGAUGGACUCACACCACCCAAUCUGAGCCCUUCAUACCACAGUGGUGCCAGCAGUGUGAACGGUGCUCCCGGCCAAGCUCAAUACUGGAACAGUGCUGGUCAUGCUGCCAUGAGCUUUAAGGAAGAGGACGAGUACGGAAUGGAGAUGAACUAA